AUUGUGUAACCCUCCGCCCUGAAUACGUCGUGUGAAUAAAAGCCCAGUUCAAUUGUGUGCUUGUCUAUUAUAGAAAACUCCCGCACAGAACUGAUGCGUUUAGCUUUUCAGCGUCUUUGAAUUGAUCGUUGGAUUAUAGGCGGCGCAUGAAAGGCGUGUAAAACGCGGUGUUAUCGUGUCGGACUCUUUCGUUCUUGGUCGUGGUGCGUGUCUACAAGUGAAGUGAGGUGGGUUAGAUCGGAAGAGUGGACAGCACUCAAACCUUCUCAAGAUGGCGACAGAGUUCGCACCGGAGCAACUACAGCUGGACGGGGACAUCUCGGACUCAAGAAAACGACCACUAGAAGGCGAUGUCGAAAGUGGGAUACCAAAACGAACGAACAUAGGUGGUAAUGAUGACAAUAAAUAUAUAUUAAAAAUGCUCAUACCAAGCGCUGCAGCUGGUUCUGUUAUAGGGAAAGGUGGCCAGACAGUUGUACAGUUACAACGGGAAACAGGUGCUAAUAUAAAACUCUCCAAAUCUAAUGAUUACUAUCCAGGGACAUCAGAAAGGGUGGUGUUAAUUACGGGUACGGUAGAGUCGCUGACGGCAGUCGGUAAUUUUGUGAUUGAGAAAGUUCGUGAUUCACCACAGUUAGCAGCCAAAACUGGAAAUGAAAGUGCAGUGAGCCAAGAAAGAGCCAGACAGGUCAAGAUAAUUAUUCCUAAUAGUACUGCUGGACUUAUUAUCGGUAAAGGGGGUGCUACUAUUAAAGCGUUUAUGGAACAAACUGGAUCCAAACUCCAAAUAUCACAGAAAUCUGAAGGUGUGAACCUGUCUGAACGCGUCCUGACCAUAAGUGGAGAAGGUGAUGCAAAUAAAAAAGCCAUGAAUGCUGUUAUUUCUAAAGUUCAGGAAGACCCCCAAAGUGGAAGCUGCAAUAAUAUUAGUUAUGCUGCGGUAUCUGGGCCAAUUGCCAAUGCCAGUCCCACUGGUUCUCCAUUUGCAGAAGCUGGUGGUCUGGUAAAUGUUAAACAACCACAGAUGUCUUUACACACUGGCCCCACAGCUGGUAUGCCUACAAUGGGUGUUGGGAUACCUACUCUGAGUGGGUUAUCGCCUACAUCAGCAGCUAGGGUUAUAUCAGCAGGAGCUAGCUAUCCUGGAGGGGAUGCAGCUGCCAUUAAUGCUGCAAUGAAUACUCUAGCUAGCUAUGGCUAUAAUAUAAAUGCAUUGGGAAGUAUGGUUGGUUCAGGUACAAGUCAUUUACUUACUACUCUUGGGUCUUCUGCUGCCGCCGCACCUCUUCCUUCCAGCAUUCUAGGUCCUUACCAAGCAGCUCAUGCGGCUGCUGCUGCAGCUGCUGCAUCUGCAUCUGCUGCCGCAGCCAAUGGUGCAUCUCCCCCUUUACGAAAUGGCGCUGGAGCUGGGUAUGAAGCAGCGACUGCAGUGAAUGGCGGAACCGGUUUAACUAUGCCUACAGAAGGAGCACUUCCAGCGUUUGGAGCACUUGGCUCAUUUGGCAGCCUUGGUAGUCUCGCAACUUUUGGCUCAGGGACUGAAUUAUCAAAGGAUGCUGCCAAAGAUAGCACCCUUGAAAUUGAAGUACCAGAGACAUUAGUAGGUGCCAUUCUUGGGAAAGGCGGGAAGACCCUUGUUGAAUUUCAACAGUGCAGUGGAGCCAGAAUUCAGAUAUCUAAGAAAGGGGAAUAUGUUCCGGGAACACGCAAUAGAAAGGUCAUUAUAACAGGUAAUAAUCUUGCAACCCAAACAGCUCAUUACCUAGUCACACAGCGAAUAACACAAGAAGAACAAAAUAGAGCACUGAAGGGGACAAAUUAGCAAUUAUAUAUUAGGUAAAACAACUAAUAAAGGUGAUAGGAAACGCGUACUCCAUGAUUAUCUCAGAUUAUUACAAAGUAUUCCAAAUGAUCUUCCAAACAAGAUUUCAGAUUCCGUUAUAUUUUAUACCAAAAGCAAAUUACCACCUUCAUGAUGUGUCUUCUCAUUGCUAGGUAAGUCGCAACGAUUAGUUCGCUCAGUUGGUUAGGGAUCAAAGGGUUGAGCCGAGUAAUUUGAUUCGUUGAGGCAGUCAGGUGGUUAGUCGUAGAUUGUUUUUAGGGUUUCUGAAAUUUCAAAUUGUGUGCAAAGUGAUUAGGAACUAACAUAUAUUGAACAAAUUGAAGAAACUAUAAAGAGAGGACAAAAUUCAGCUUCUCUUGAUUUAAUUUUAUCCAGGUACAGUAAUUAUUUAAAUGCUGUAUGAAAAGUUUCCAUGAAAUCGGUGCCAUAGAGCUAGUUGACAAGCUCUUGUAUUUUAUGAAAGUGAAAAAUGAGACUAUUAUUUAAAAUGACGUUAGCCAUAAUGUGAAUUGUGGAGAAAAAAAAAUUGACAGUAGAGUUAGUUUGAAAAUAAGUACAAAAGUAACACAUGACAAUUCCAAAAUGAUUCUUCCUUUAAAGCAUUAUGUGGCUUUCCCACCUUAAUUUCUCCUGUUACUGUAUGUCUCAAGUGUUAGUACUUGAUGUUGGAGAUAUGAAAACUAGCCAAAAAAAAAACAUUAAAAAAAAAAAAA